AUGCCUCCUCUUUGCGAGCUGCACUUCCCAACAGUCUCCCGUACUUAUCUGACAGGGCCAUGCCAUUCCCAUGUCCGCCGCUCCUGGGCUCAAGCUGAGACGUGGAUUUCCGACGGGCUCACUCGUGGUUUUCAUCCAGCUGAUAUCGGAAACAUGGUGUCAUUGGAGCUGGAGAUCUCUCUCGCCAUUUCUGGCUGUUGCACAUGCUCCCUCGAAUAUUGCCUUCGUAGUCUGAAUAAAAUGCGCCGAGCCGGUCAAUUCACAUCCUUCUCUCCAAAUACCAAUGUCAACAUCAACGAAUCACUCAAGAUGAGCCAGGAUGGCUAUGGUUACAGCUAUCAAUUCUCACAGAAUUUCAGAGAUAGCGACCUCGUCAGUCAGUAUGGGAUGGACCCUGAGAUCUCUCGAGGGAUUGGUCAAGAACAGGCUGAGAAGGACCUUACAGAGGCUGAACUUCAGGCGGUUCGAAAGGACAUUCGCAAGCAGGCUGAGAUUGAAAGUCGGUCUAAGGCUCAAGGCUUCGCUGAAGGGGGCUACACAGAAACCAUCCAGUCUGGCUCGUCGCGCUCUAGAAGCUCAACUUCAGCGCUCAAGGCUGAAGGGAGUAAUGCAAAGAAUAUCUCCACUCGCUCUGCUCACUCACGAAGACCUACGACUUCUAGCCAUGCAAGAUCGACCACCGCUGAUUCCCGUACCGAUAUUCGUGCGGGUCAUCGGAGUGAGACAGGUGAUACGGGGGUUCUUUUAUCCCAAGGAAGCAGCACAGCUACACUCACCGAUGAGACCCGUACCGAUAUUCGUGCGGGCCAUCGAAGUCAGACUCAGAUGACCAAGAUCCGUUCCUCCAGUAAAGCUUCAUACACUGUCGUUCAGGAAGAUUUGGCUACACUCGCUCCCGACGACUCGAUUUCGCAGAUGGUACCCAAGAAGCGGAGCAGAACUUCCACAAUUUCGAAAGAGAAAUAUGUUUCAUCUCGCAGAGUUAGUGACCAAGCCAAUGCUGGUACAGCUUCAUCGGACGUCACUCUUCGGCCAGCAGCACCUCGAUCCCGCAAGCAAAUCGCCCUCGACAUGGCUGCUCUGAGCGCUGAGCUAAUGGCACUUGACAAAAGCUCUGAUGCUUCUGGUUAUACAGAGCCUAGCACAGGUUACAGCAGCCGAGCUUCCCGUGGUGAAAGUCGCGGAAAGGAUUCUCAGCGCACGAUGGAUAGUAAUGCUACCCGAGAGACAUCUAGAGAGAGACAUCGCAGACACAGACGCGAGCGUGAGCAGGCCAGAGAGCAAGAAGGUCGACACCAAGACAAAGAGAGCCGGAUGUCACGAUAUCGUCCAGACUCCAAGAGCGGGAAGACAAAAGAUAGCUCCCGUGACCGUGAGUCGCGCGAUCGCCAACCACCGAAGCGUGAGAGAACCCGCAAGAUAUCCCAAGACCGUCGACAAAAGGAGAGCUCCCACAGAAGUCGUAGCAGAUCUAAAGAUCGAUCUGCAUCUGGUAUAUCUCGAGCAGCAUCCAGUAUUGCGAGCUGGGUCACUACUGUUGCAAGCUCUAACACGGGCUCUGGGAGGGAGCAUCAGUCGGCUGCCAGCUCUGCCGCUCUACCCGAACAGUGCAAACAUGCUAAGCUUGGUCACCAUUGA